UCCCAGUCCUUCUUGUUUUCUACAUGUUCACAAGAUUCAAUACAUCAACAUGAGACUCGGCCGCUCACCGACGGACCGCCUUGUGGAGUGCUUUGGAGAAUUGCCUAGCAUGUCGAAUAGUCUAAGUCAUGAUAGAAUAUUCUACUACCCAGAGGCACUGCAGCAGUGUUGCAGGUGGCUGGUAAACGACAAUUCCAUCAUUAUGGUGGGUAAAUUCUGA